GAAAACAUUGCCGAACAUCGCGCCGGGAUUCGUGUAUCGUCUGUGUGCCGAAAGGAACCGACCCGAAACCCGAAAAAAAAGGAUCAAGUGAUUUGAGUGCGGCAGGUACCUCACCGACCGACCGGCAGCAAGUGAACUUUUCCCAACGAUCGCUUUGAAUCGGAACGAGCUUGCGCAAGCGUGUGUGCGGUGGGAUCUCUACGAAAGCUCCCGGUUUGACGUUUCGUUCGGGUGGCGAUAGCGGUACGUGCAAGUGUGUGCGUGCGUGCAAGCGAGGGUGGGCGUUACACUCAUUCAAGCCUAAGCACACAAAGCAAGACGUCACUUGGCAGCGCAACCAAAGGCAGUCAUUCACAGUCAGAAGAAGCAAACAGUUCGAAAGCGCACGACCACGGAUCGCGUCAAUUUUUGGGGAAUUUCAUUAUUUUUUUUUCCUGUGCUGCUGCUGCUGCUACUUACCUCUCGCGCCGCCUGUGUAGGGGAGUAAUUUAAUUGAAAGCGCAAGAUACCGGAAUUCGGGAGUGAGAGAGUGCGUGUUAUGUGGAGCAGCGGUAACCUCGAUCUUGAAAGCACCCGUUCGUUUUGCGUGAACGGGACUUGGAGCCAUAUCGUACGAAGCGUAAGAAUUUUUGGUGAACUGUCAAACACUGUCGCGGAGUCGAAGUCGUCGUGAGUGACACAAAAUUUGAACGCGCAAGUGAGCGCACAACAGAACGAGAACGAGAGUAGGACAAAAACAUUCAUUUCUACGAGAGUGUGUCGCGAAAAAUAAUAGUCGCGUUUGCCGUCGCCGCCGCCAACGCCGCCGCCGCAGUAGCCGUGUCGCGCACAAUCCGAUGGACACACAACCUGGGGAUUGUCGCGGAUCAACGGAGUAACGAACAAGUGUCAAUCAAUGAGACGGGAACGGGAUGAAACAAUGUUGGUGAUUGUCGCAUGUUGAAGGAACCGAAGCAAAAUUCCAAUUCACAAUUUUGACUCUUCAAUCAGCCAAAGGCGAAGGAACGGAGGAAAAAAAGCUGGAGAAACGAGAGAAGAAGGCGAAGUAAUUUCAUUUUAACAAGAUUCCUGUUUCUUCGCUCUCCGUUUGCUGUGUGCCGUUCGCCUCCGCUUCGCUCCACGCUAUACACACUGUUAUAUUCUGGUUUCUUCAGACACCUCGCAAUCCAUAUUCUUUAACCGGAGCUGAACGAGCUGACGACGGGUGAGUGUGGGUGUGUUUGUGUGGCGAUCUGAGAGAGAGAGAGCAAAACCAAUACACAUACGCACGCGAGUGUAAAUGCUUGCGCUCCCAGCAAGUAACCAGCUUCCAAGAAGUUCAAGAACUUGAGAGCCACAGCCAGCAGCGCGAAUAGCGGCGCAACAGAAGCAAACAGGAACGCGAAAAAAAACUAGCCCCAGACACUCCGCGCGUGCAAUGAACGCAAUUGUCUGAUCGACCGAAGCGAGUUUUAAAAUUUGUGUGGUGAUAACCGCGCGGACACCGGAAUGUGCUGGAAUAGGAUUAUCCGGCGGCCAAUCAGUAGCUUCAAGCAGCGGAAGAAAUCGAGGCUCAUACAGAAAGUCGGAAGCAAGUGAAACAAGUGUGCGGAAAAAAGGGGGAAAAGCAGUGCAAUGUGAAUAGUAGCGGAAGGUUAUUAGCUCAGUUUAUAGUUUUGGUGAUCGAACACAAAUUAGUAAUUCAUUCAGUGCCUUUUUUGGGGGAACAAGUGUGCGCAAACCGUGCCAGCGUACAAGAAGACAAGUGUGAUUAAUGCAAGUGCCGAGAAAAUGCCUCACAAUAGUUCGACCGGGGAUGAACUUGGCAGCACAGACGAGGUCAAGGUGUUCAAGGAUGAGGGGGAUCAGAACGAUGAGAAGCUGUCGGAGAAUCUGCUGGAGGAGAAGUCCAGUUUGAUUGAUUUGACCGAGAGUGAGGAGAAGACGGUGAAAAAUGGUACCAAUCGACACGAGCAGAACCCGGCCGGGGUGUACGGAAAGUUGCCCCACGGACACCCAGGAUUCAACAUGGGUUACUUGGUACCUCCGUACGCCUAUCCAAACGGUAGUGCCGCAGGACUUCCGGUGUCAAUGGCGAAUAAGAUGGGGCUGCCUCCGUUUUUCUGCCAUAAUGGAGACCAUUUGUCCUCACCUCCUCCGGCCCACUGUGGGAUCCUUCCGUACCAGUUGGAUCCGAAGGCGAUGGGGCUUACGCGGCCACCACUGUACAGCUUUCCAACCAGCCAGUAUCCUUAUCCCAUGCUAAGCCCGGACAUGCCGCUGGUGGCAUCGUCCUGGCACACACCAUCGAUGUACAGUCCAGCGACCGGAUUUCGCAAUCCAUACCCAGCAUCCCUGCAGAUUUACACAUCCCUACCGAGCGACUUCUACCGGUACUCUCCAAGCCUACUGCCAUCGGUGCAUCCACACCCGAUGCUGAACACGCAUCCCGCCAUAAUCACGCCUGGACCGAAGCAGGAUAUCCUUGGCCAGGAAUCGUCACGUUUCGGCUCGGGUCGUCAUUCUAAUCCGCCCACGAUUAAGCAGGAGGGAGGAGAUGAUGCCUCCCACAGCCGAUUUUCGUCCGGCCACAAUCGAUCCUCGAACAAUAGCCAUCACAACCAUUCACAUCACGAUCAAAGCAAUCACGGCGGCAACCACAACAACAACAACAAUAACAACAAUAAUCACCACCACCAUCAUCACAACAGCGGCAGCGGUCAUCACAGACAGUCACUUUCGGAAAAAGAGCUGGCCGCGGAGAAGAAGAAGAGCCACGUCAAGAAACCGUUGAAUGCUUUUAUGCUGUACAUGAAGGAAAUGCGUGCGAAAGUGGUGGCGGAAUGUACGCUCAAAGAGUCGGCCGCUAUCAAUCAGAUAUUGGGGCGGAAGUGGCACUCGCUUUCCCGCGAAGAGCAAAGCGUAUACUACGAUAAGGCGCGGCAGGAGCGCCAGAUGCAUAUGGAGCUGUAUCCUGGCUGGACGGCCAGGGAUAACUAUGGGUACGGGGCGAAGAAGAAGAAAAGGAAAAAGGACCGAAGUCCUGCGGAUCCGGGUGGUAAUAGUAUGAAAAAAUGUCGAGCUAGAUACGGACUCGAUCAACAGAACCAGUGGUGCAAACCUUGCAGGCGUAAAAAGAAGUGCAUCCGGUACAAGGAGAUGACGGACAGCGAGGAGGGCAGAGAUCAAGGAUCGGACGACGCGAUCGGAAGCUGUGGUAGCAUAGAUGAUUCCAAGAGUCCUGAGGAUGACCGGGAGUCACUGAACCAGUCGCUGUCGAGUCCAAGAAGUAUGAGCGUUUUGUCGAGUUUGCAGUCUCCCUCGACGAGUAUCGCCUCGCCGUUGAAUUUGCUGGCAAGUCCAGCGACGCCUACCAGUUACUAUCAUCACCACGACCACUUGGGACUGGCAUCGAUGAUAGCGGCCCAACAGCAGCAAGCGCUUCAAAACAGCGUCAGUGACAAACUGAACAACAUUAGCAGUGACAGUGGUUUAAGUUCCCAGCUGAACAACAGCUAUAGCAACAAUUUCAGUCCGUACAGCAACCAUCACACGAUUCGGAACAGUUCGAGCAGCCAGAAUCAGAACAGCAAUAGUACCAGCAAUAACCUCAACUCGGGAGUUACUAGUCCCUCGGGCAUUCUCAACGGUGGCGCCGCGGGUAACAAAAAUCACCACAGCAGCUCCGGUAGCAAUAGUCUUCCCCCGCAUCACCACCAACCUCAUCCGCCCGCGACAGGACCACCUCCGAAUGGGAGCAACAGCAGUGUAGCAGCCUUACAAAUUCCCCCGCAUCUUCAACAGCUCAACCUGUCCAGUUCGUCACCGCCCACGACGAGCAACAGUUUAUCACUGCCACCAGCGAACCACAUCAAGGAAGAACCUGGCUGUCUGAGAAAUAGUCCGCCAAAUUUCCUCCUCCAACAUCACCACGCGGCAGCAGCAGCCGCUGCAGCUCAUCUGCAUCGAACUAACGGUGAUCUCUUAUCGACGGGAGAUCUUUCCCGGAGUUCCAGCAGCGCAACAAACAACGACAGUGGUCGAAGUACGGGCAGCAGUCAAGCCAACAGCACUAGUGAUAGGUAGUCGGAAGUCCUCAGUCUCGCCGGACUUAUGUUGCAAUGAUUUCACCGUGCCAAAAAGCGGGGCGAAAAUUCCAAAAUCUACAAGGCUUCGAAGUUCUAUCUGUGAUCAGAACUGCAGCACAACCGCUACCCCCUGUAUGCCCGACCCGGCCCGACGUGGUCCGAAACCAAUCAUCACCCUAUUUAAUUGAACAUUUUCGAGGCUAGUUUCGAAGCCCAUUAUUAUCGCGGUCAUUGUUUGCAUUGAACCUCUCUGAAGCACAACCCGUUUAGCACGACAACAGCAGCUCCGGCAGCCCACAUAACCAGGUGAUGAGAAGAAGAAAACGGGCAAAAAAAAGGCGAGCGACAGGGAAAGAGAAUGCUUAAUUUGACACAUUGUGAACUCCACCCCGCCCCCCGCUUCGUAUCCCAUCCGACGACGAAUAUCUCUCAGGAACCACCGUCACUCCCGUCGGACCGAAUAUGUUCCUGGUGCAGGUUGUCGUCGUCCGGGCCCAACUUCCCAAAGCAUUUACGAAGUUAAUGGUAUUCAAAAUCGAAAAACACAGCAUCACUUAUUAAUCGUUUGUCCGUUGUUUAUGAGCAUGAUGAGCGAACGAACGAACGAGCGAGAGACAGAGGAGUCGGCCAACACAUGUCUCGAGAGAGGGGAUGAUCGAGGAGUUAACGAGUGUGCGCGCGGUGCGAGAGAGAGAGGUAGGAGACGAAAAGUUUUUGUCUCCUCUUUAAUGGUUAAGUUUCUGUUUUCUUUUUAAACAUUCUGUUUUCUCCUUUCUCAACAACAACAAAACAAAAAAAAAACGAAGAAAUUAAUGUGAGUGUGUGAAACGAUCAAUCUCCUUCUCGGAAAAGAAGCAACCAAGAAGCCUACGCGCAAGAAGCCACAGCAAGAAAAAAAAAUAACCAUAAGAAUUGUUUGAAAACAAGUUUCUUUGAAAGCCAAGUGAGGGGGAGACGACGAAGUAAUAAAAAUGGCAGAGAGGAGGAGUAGAAGAAAUAAGAGAAAAUCAAUCAAGUGUGAUACAAAAGCAAUAAUAUUAACGAAGAGCAAGCGAAGAAGAAUACAGGCAGUCAGAUAAAUUAAAAGAAGAGUUAUGAAGUGAGUACACACUUUCGAGCCACGCCGUGUCGUGUCGUGUCGUAAGGAGUUUCCGAGGCUCGGGUGUCUCCCCUCGUGUGUGGAUAAUUGAGCCUCUCACACAUCGCACAUUUCGGGGGAGCCGAGCGCGCAGAAAGGCUCGCGUGCGUUCCCGUCGUAUGCGUGUGGGGAGGUCUGCGCGAUUGUAUGUGCGCACUGUGUGUUAGUUUAUUGUUUCGUGUUUGAGGUCCUCGAAAGCCACCAAAAAAGUUCGCAGCAUCCACCAUACUGCGCGCAGAAGAACCGCGUGAAACGCUCCUCGGCAAGACACCGGCAACACCGAGCAGCACGCGGGAUGGGAAGGAAAGCAACAACAACAAGAAAAGAUAAAUCAGGUUGAACCUUGUUAGGGGGAAAACACCAAGUGAACAGGCGAAACCAAAUAUCAUUGUGAACAACGCGCGAGAGAGAGGAUAAUUGUACCUGACGUGUGCGUGUGUGUGUGUGUGCGGUGUCGAACGCUAUCGACUGCCGACGGCGGUUGACUUGCUCAUGUUUACCGCCACUAUUGUUAUUUCGAUAAGCCAAGCUGCGAAGGAUACAAACAACAAGUGCAUCAGAAGUGCUCUCCAGAAGUGGCGUCCAUACCGAUGCCUAGGGUUCGAAGAAUGCUGGACAGUCGCUGGCAGCGAUUUAUUAGAGCGUAAGUCUGAGAGCCUCCGGGGCCAAGAUUAAUGGAUUUGAUUGACUGCUUAUCUUAGAUUGACUGGCUUUUCUUUCUUAUUUUUUUCGGAGGGUUAAUGUGUGGGAGAUUCUGUCUAUAAGAUAGCGAAUAGGUAUUCAAGAAUAACGUGAUGGAAUUAUUUAUAAGUGUAAAUUUUUAUCAAUUCAAGUCGUUGAGAGUCACCAUUGCAAAGAUAAGAGAAAACGCUUUGGUUGUUGGCAAAAUGAUAUAACCGAUAUAACGUUGUUGACGAUGUAAAAAAAAUAAAAAUAGCGAUUUUAUUGAAACAAAACAAGAGGAUGUGAUGUGUUUUAGGAUUGCAAAAAGAAAUGUAGCUAGUGGUCCCUUGUUCGUCGGAAAUUUCACCUUGGUUGUUAGUCUUUCAAAUAAUUCAAAAAUUCAGCUCCGAAACAGCCCCCAAAGUUUUUCAGCCCAUAAUAUGGCGCGAAUGGCGAGUUUGUGGAGAACCACACCGAAAAUCCGUGCGUGUUGUCGCGGUGACCAACCCGUGAAGAGCCAAGUGUCCAGCUGAGACAGAGGAUCGGUGCAUUUAAAUGCACCUCUGCCAGGCUA